GCACGCCCCAACAAGAAAUCUGAUAUUUUUCAACGACGACAAAGGUGCGCAUAAUUCUCUGAAACUAUGGCUUGCAUUGCCAAGGAGGUAGAGACAGAGCUUCUCCCCUUUCUCCGAGUCUACAAGGACGGCUAUGUCGAGCGACUCUUAGGCUCUCAAUACGUUCCCCCGUUGCUCGAUGACCCCGAAACAGGAGUCUCCUCCAAAGACAUCACCAUUUCACAAGACCCUUUGAUCAAAGCCAGAGUCUUUCUUCCAAAACUCGAUGAACCACAUCAGAAACUCCCCGUCUUGGUCUACUACCAUGGUGGGGGUUUCUGCGUUGAGUCCGCCUUCUCAUCCGAUCACCACCGCUAUCUUGACGGGUUGGUCUCCCAAGCCAAGGUUGUUGCUGUGUCGGUCGAGUAUAGGAUGGCUCCUGAACACUGUCUCCCUGCUGCAUAUGAAGACGGCUGGGCUGCUCUCCAAUGGGUCGCCUCGCAUUUCGCUGAAAACGUCAUUGAUGACGAGCCCUGGUUGACAAAUCAUGGAAAUUCGGAACGUUUUUUUCUUGGUGGAGAUAGUGCAGGAGCCAAUAUGGCUCAUAACAUUGCCAUGAAAGUUGGGAAGGAGGGCUUGCCUGGUGGUUUGAAGGUGUUAGGAGUCUCUCUCACACACCCUUACUUUUGCGGUUCAAGGGAAAUUGGAUCGGAGACUUGUGAAGAUCCUGAGGACUUUGGAAGUCUGGUUUGGAACUUUGUAUACCCUUCAGCGCCAGGCGGUGUUGAUUGUCCGAUGAUCAAUCCGGUGGCUCCAGACGCACCGAGCCUGGCGGGACUCGCGUGUUCGCGGUUGUUUGUGAGUGUUUCUGAGAAUGAUGAACUGAGACACAGAGGCAUAGCUUACUAUGAAGCAGUGAAGGAAAGUGGGUGGGAAGGAGAAGCUGAGCUGGUUGAAGUUGAAGGAGAGGAUCAUGCAUUUCAUAUUUUGAAAUUUGAGACUCCAAAAGCUAAGGAUUUGACCAGAAAAGUGGCCGACUUUCUCAUCAAGUAAAACCGCCAUUUUCUGUUUUUUUUCACUUGAUUUGCACUGUAAUUUCCAACAAGAGUUUAUCCAAACCCCCACCUUUUCAUGGCUGUAAUCUCUAUUUGAAUAAUUGGAAUCAAUAAAGAGUUUUUGGUUUU